GCAGCGCCCCCAAUUCAGCCCGAAGCGAUGUCACCAUAUGUCAGUUGACCGGCCGGCUCCAUCCGAAAACCCAGCGAGCAAUGUAAGCCACUGGCACGGCUCCAUAACCAUACCUAGGCUUGCUUGAUGCCGGUUCGGAGUCGACGACCAUUUCUAAUGUCCAUAAAUCACAGCGAAAUUUGUUUCGGUAGCUGUAAAACAUACGCACUGGAUGCAGAUGCCAGCGGACGCCGCCACCCGACCGGGGACCAAGAGAAGGUGGAGUGCGUGUAUUGACACCUAGAUCUUUGCGGUUGAUAGCACGUGCCACACAGUCUGUUUCCAGCGAAAUCGGAUGCACCUCCUACGGCCCACCGACCGACCGGUGCACCACGCGUAACGUGCUGUGGAAAAGCGGGGGAGGAUGAUGUGUGAUUUGUUCAUCUGCGUUUGCCCCUAGAGCUGGUGCAGUGCAGAGGUUGUUUAACUAAUACCCGCACUUAUGAGUGGUAAAUCGCACGUUCAAAGUGGUGAUCUAGGGAAAAAAUCUUCGAUUCGUCGUGCGUAUAUAAACUAUCAAGAACGCUUCCACCAGCAUCACUCAGCUUGCUGAAUCAGAUUCAGUAGCUUGGCGUUGCAAACUUCACCAACUUUUGAAACAAGAUGCACAAUCAAUUUGGGCUAAUUCUGGUGGUUAUUUCGUGUUCCCUGGCACUGCCACAGCAGCGACGAAAUGGAAUUUCGAUCACAAGUGGAGGCGGAGGAGGAGGCGGAGGAGGAGGCGGUGGUGGUGGUGGCCCGGAGAGUACAGCCACCAUCGUGAAGCAGGACCACCAAAUCAACCCGGACGGGUCGUACAGUUUUGCCUACGAAACGAGCAACGGAAUUCAAGCGUCGGAAAGUAGCCCGGAUGGAGCGGCAGCCACUGGCGAGUUUUCCUACACGGCUCCGGAAGGUGACAAGAUCCAGCUGACCUAUGUUGCCGACCAGGAUGGAUUCCAACCGCAGGGAGCCCACCUUCCCGUGGAACCGCCGGUACCGGAGCACGUCAUCAAGGCACUGGAAGAUAUCCGUGCCAACCCACCGAAGGAUCCGGACUUCAACCCGGCAUUCCUCGAAUCGGUCAUCGCCAGGCUGAGACCCCUGCAAGGUUGAAGACACAAGACUUGUGAAAGAGCGCGUUUAAACUUAGCUUAAUUUUGCUGUGCAUGUACCAUUUCUUAGGAGCAAAUAAAGUAAUU